AAAAAAAAAUAAAUAAAUUUAUAGAAAAAAAGAAUUUGAAAUACUUCAAUACUUUUACUCGCGUGCGGGUCUCACAGCAAUGUCGGUCUUCGACAAUCCCGACCAGCUGCGUCAGCUGCAGAACCUUCUGAAUCCCCGGCAGACUCGUGCCGGCAUCGACUGCAGCAGCAGCGAGGAUGAGGAGGAGUCCUUGGUGGUCCACAAGCUAACACCUGGCAGCAUUGGUCCUCAGGCGCCAACGGCAGCAGGAUCGUCCGCUCAGGCCAAGGCCAAGAAAAAGAAAAAGCCCAAUCCAUUGGCCACUCCCCUGGUUGAGGAGCAAAAGAAGCAGCCCGAUACCCUCGAGGAGUGGCAAGAGCAGCAGGAACGUGAGGACACUGAUAUUCUGGAGACGAGAAGGUGUCCAGAAUACACCAUGACUUACAGCCAGGCCGUGGGCACUGAAGAUGUCUUCCUGCAGAUGGGCAAUCGCACCGGCUCGUCCGCCAGCUGCGAAGACCUUAUUCUGGACAUUCAUCUGCCCGAUGAGGAGACGACAGUCGACAAGAUCAAGCUGACUCUGCAGGAAACGGAUCUGGAUCUGGCCACCGCCCUCUAUCGGCUCCACCUGCCUCUGCCCCAUCCUGUGGACGUGGAUCGAUGCCAGGCCAAGUACAGCACGGAGCUUCGGAAGCUGCGCCUGACGCUUCGCUUGCGUCGGGAGCUCGAUUAUGUCAACUUUUAGACAUAGAACACAGUACACACGAUACACAACACAACACAUGACACACGCUACACGUUACCCGCUA